CCCAAACCAAACUCCCUCCCUCCUCUCUCUCCUCCCUCUCUUUCUCACUCUAUACUAAGCCUCAGAAUUAUACAUAUACAUAUACAUAUAUAUAUGUAUAUACAUAUGAAGAAUCUAAGCUUUUGAUCGAUGGAGAAGAAGGACGGUGAAGAAAACCCGAUGUUGAAAUCAGACCCACCUUGUGACUCUGCAUUUUCCGAUCAGAUCCCGGCCGGAACUUUUUCCUUGCAGACCUUCCUCGACCUGCCGCCGGUUGAUCAGACGGACGGCGAGCAGAGCUCCUUCUCCAUAUCCUACUUGGAUUUGGUUCCCGGCCCCGAAGACGAAACCAUCACUGCUUACUCCGCCAUAUUCGACCUUCUCCAAACGCCUGUUCCGCCAUCUUUCUUGGUUCCUCCUCCGCCGCAGCCGCCGUCAACGUCGCCGGAGGUGGCGAAAACUCCGGCCACCCCCAUCUCUCCCUCUCUAUCCUCCUCUUCGAAUGAAGCUGCCAACAAAACCGCUGAUGAAGCUGAAGAAGAGGAUCCCAAAGACAAAGCUAAGCAGCUGUUGAAACCAAAAAAGAAGAAACAGAAGAGGCAAAGAGAACCAAGAGUGGCGUUCAUGACAAAGAGUGAAGCGGAUAACUUGGACGAUGGCUAUAGAUGGAGAAAGUAUGGCCAAAAAGCAGUAAAAAACAGCCCAUUUCCAAGAAGCUACUACCGCUGCACGGCGCCUUCUUGUGGUGUGAAGAAGAGGGUCGAGAGGUCGUCGCAGGAUCCAUCAACUAUUGUGACGACAUACGAGGGGACUCACAUACACCCGUGUCCCGUAACACCUCGGACGAGCAGCCUUAUUGCGACAGUCCCUAAGGCCCCCAUAAGCCCCGGUGUUGGUGGUGAUGGUGGUGGUUGUAGCACCAGUGGAAGAAGUUCACCUUUUGGUGUACCUAGCCCCGAUCAAUUCUUCCAUUAUCCAAUGCACCAUCACCACCACCAUCAACAACAACAAGAGCAGCAGCAACAACAACAACAACGAGACUCGUUUUAUUUUGAGUCUUUAGCCCGAGAUUUUCUUCCUUUGAGGUUCCCCAAUAACUCAUCAUGUGGAGCAAGUAGUGAGCUGUUUUCUGCUCCAAAUGAUUUGCUUCAAGAAAGAAGGUUAUUUGUUCUUCCCUCUCCUCCUCCUCCUCCUUCGUCUUCAACCGUGAACCGGAAUCACGGGCUUCUCCAGGAUAUCCUUCCAUCAGAGAUGAGAAAGAGGCAAAACAAAGAUGGUGUGAGUGGUGAUGAUGAAUGAGUUUUAUGAUUUGAAAUGAUCUAAUAUGUUCCAUCUUUUUUCAUUUUCAAGCAUCUUGAUCUCGGUUCAUUAAACUAAAAUGUUCAUGGAGAGAAAAAGUAAAGAUGGAUCUAGCUAGCUAGGGUUUAAUUUAUUAAGGUUAGAUAUUCUUGAAAUGUGAAUUAGAUCGAUGAAAUGGCUGGCUGGAGUGGAUGAUGGUUCUUUUAUGUCUUGUUUCUUAAUUAGUUUUGGUAUGGAUUUUGAGCCAUGGAGAUAUUGGAUUCUAGCUUUUGUACAUAUUUUUCGACCACCUUUUCAUUUAUGUAUAGUUUCCUUUAGUUCUAGCAUAUCUUUUUACCCAUUCAGUCUUGCUCCCUUUCACUUGCCUUUCUCGUUUAGCAUGCGUGUGCAUCGCUACGUAUUGUACUAUAGCUAAUGAUAGUAGGGUUAGGGUUUUAUAUAUUCAAUGAACUGAGAAAAUUCAUUUUCA